AUGUCACAGCUGGCCCCACGGCCUCACUCUCCGUGUCUGCUGUUUGCUGCCCUGGGCACUUGGGGAGAUUUCUUGCCAGUCUUUGCAGCAGCAGCAAAUGCAGCACUUCUGCUGCUAGAGGGGGCCCCCCAACAGGGUACCCAGAGUCCUGGGGGCCCCCCGGGGGGCCCCCCGGGGGGCCCCCAGGGGCUCCCCAGUGGCCCCCAGGGCUCACUUGGCUCGGGGGCCCCUGGGGGUCUUAGAGGCCCUGGGGGCCCCGGAGGCUUUCAGAGGCCAGGGGCCCCUGGGGGCCCCCUCACCCCAGGGGCCCCAGGGGCCCCCGGGGGCCCCCACAUUCCCGGGGCCCCUGGGGCCCCUGGGGGCCCCCACAGCUCUGGGGCCCCUGGGGGCCCCCACAGCUCUGGGGCCCCUGAGAACCCGGGGGCCCCUGAGAACCCGGGGGCCCCUGGGGCCCCUGGGGGCCCCCAGAGUCCUGGGGCCCCUGGGGGCCCCUGCAUGCGUGGGGCCCCUGGGCAGAGGGGGGCCCCCCGAGGGGCCCCUGGGGGCCCCCUGGGGGCCCCCCUGCCUUCAUCUGAGCAGGUGGAGGGGGGCCCCCAGGUGGGGACUGAUGGGGUUGGGGGCCCCCCUUGGGUACUUGUUGCUGCUCCUAAAUGUUGGGUCAAACAAAUUGAAGAUGAGGCGGAGCUGCGGGGUCUGCGCAGAGCUGCUGCUGCACCUGCAGCAGCAGCAGCAGCAGCAGAUGCAGCAGCAGCAGCAGAAGCAGCAGCAGCAGCAGAAGCAGCAGCAGCAGCAGCAGCGUGCCCGGAGAUCAGGUUUCCUUGGGGGGAAAAGGUAGAGCUGCUGCGCCUGUUUGGGGGCCUUCGGCUGCUGCUGCUGCCUCUCCCGUGUCUGCCGGUUUAUCCGUCUGCUGCUGCUGCUGCUGCUGCUGCUGCUGCUGCUGCUGACAGCUGCCACCUGGAGGAAGCUGCGCUGCUGGUCUCUCUUAUUCGGGGAGAGGCUGAGCUCAGCCUGCCCCAGCAGCAGCAGCAGCAGCAGCACAGCCAGGCACUGCAGCAGCAGCAGCAGCAGCAGCACUGGCGGCUUCAGCCUGCUGCUGCUGCUUUGGGGCUGUUUGCUGCUGUGUAUGCGCAUGCAGCAGCAGCAGCAAACCUCCCUUAUCUGCUGCUGCUGCCUUCUCCCCGGCCCCACAGGGCGCCCAAGGGUUUCUUUGAGCAGCUGUUUGAGCAGCACCCGGAGCUGCCUCCGCUGCUGCAUGCAGCACAGCAGCAGCAGCAGCAGCAGCAGCAGCUGCAGCAGCUGCAGCAGCAGCUGCAGCAGCAGCAGCAGCAACUGAAAGCGGAAGCGCUGGAGGCGUGGGCUGUCAGGCAUGCCUCCCGCUCUGUCACGGAGACAGACCUCAAGGAGUGGAUGUGGCGCCUGUGUCUGAGCGACAGCGGGGCAUUUCGGGAGAAGUUUUUGGGUCUUCCGCCCUCGCUGUUUGAGACGAAUACAGCAGCAGCAGCAGCAACAAGCCAAACAGCAGCAACAGCAGCUGCAGCAGCAAAUCCAUCAACAGCAGCAGCAACUGCAGCAACAAACCCACAAGAAGCAGCAGCAUCAGCUGCAACAGCAAGUCCAGCAUGGGCAGCAACUGCAGCACCAACUGCGGCAGCAGGCACGGCAGCAGCAACAGCGAUUGUAGCAGCAAACGCAGCAGCAGCAGCAGCAGCAGCAGCAGCAGCAGCAGCAGCAGAGUGCAAGAUGACACGGGGACCCGCGCUGCCUCGUGCUGCUCCGCUGCUGUGUCUUUGGUCAUCUCGUCUCUAUAAAGACCAAGCAGCAGCACUGCCUCCAUUUGCUGCUGCUGUGGGGCCCGCGCCUGUGCCUUGGCAGCUUCUUCGCAAGCAGCAGCAGCAGCAGCAGCAGCAGCAGCAGCAGCAGCAGGAGGCUAGGCACCGCGUUCGCCUAUUUGGAAGAGGCGGAACCCCUGUGGGGCCAGAUUUGCUGCUGACGCUUGAAGAGCUGUUGCUGCUGCUGCUGCAGCCUCUAGAUGCGUGCCAGCAGCAACAGCAGCAACAGCAGCAGCAGCAGCAGCAGCAGCAAAGCUUGUCUUUAACUAUGAGCAGCCAAAGCGAUGGCCCCGUAGUGCCCACCCCGCUCAGGUCUUCUGAACCCCUUUGGCAACCUUCAGCAGCAGCAGCAGCAGCAGCAGCAGACCUCGCAGCAGCAGCAGCAAAGAGGCCGAAAUUCACUGAGGCAUACAAUGGCCUGGCAGCUAACAGUAAAACAGACCAGCAGCAGCAGCAGCAGCAGCAGCAGCAGCAGCAGCAAGCCGCUGCUGCCUGUCGACGGAAAGCCGCAGUAUUGGAGCUGCUGCCGCGUAUCAGCUUCUGCAGCAGCAACGGCAGCAGCAGCAGCAGCAGCAACAGCAGCAGCAGCAGCAGCAGCAGCAACAGCAACAGCAGCAGCAGCAGCAGCAGCAACAGCAGCAGCAGCAGCAGCAGCACGCCGGCUAGCAGCUGCAGCACGGAAAGGGGCCCCUGUGUGAUUGUGUCUCUGGGCAGCAUGCUUUGCUGCUUCCUGCAGCUGCUGCCUUGCUGCUGCUGCUGCUUGUCGCUGCUGGGCCUCACUGGGCGGCUGCUGCGGCGCAGAGUGCUGCUAAUUGCUGCCUCUGCUGCUUACUGCCCCUGCGGCUACUUCGCAAGGGGCCCCCCAGGGGGGCCCCCCGGGGGCCCCCAAGGGGGGCCCCCCCCGGGGGGGCCCCCAGAGGGGCCCCCAGAGGGGGCCCCAGAGGGGCCCCCAGAGGGGCCCCCACGGAGGACUGUUGAGGGUUUGGGGGCCCUUAACCAAGAGAUGCAAAGGGAGGCCCAAGUGCUGCUGCUGCUGUCGCCAGUCGACCUUCCGGCACUGCUGCAGCAACUGCAGCAGCAGCAGCAGCAGCAGCAGCAGCAACAGCGGCAAGAGCAGCAGCCUGCAGCAACAGCGGGGGGCGAAGGACCAGUGACAAGCGUUGCUGCAGCAGCGCCCGCAGCAGAAACUGCGGCAACAGGUACAGCAGCAGCAGCAGCAGCAGCAGCAGCAGCAGCAACGAACAAGGUCCCACCCUCUGUUUGCAUAGUAUCCCACGGCAGCGCUGGAUCAGCUGCGACGUUCUCGGCUGGCAAGGGAGUGGCUCAUUUGCUGCUGCCGCUGCUGUUCGAUCAGCAGCAAGUGACACAAUGCAUGCAGCAGGCAGGUUUGGGGUUUGCUGCUUCUGAGCUGCUGCUGGACGCGCUAGCUGCUGUCACGGCCCAAGAAGCGGCGGUGCAGCGGCGCCAGACGCAGCAGCAGCAGCUGCAGCAGCAGCAGCAGCAGCAGCUGCUGCUGCAGCAGCUGCAGCAGCAGCAGGGGGAGCAGGAAGUCGCUGAAGCAGCAGAUGGGGUGAGGGACUUCUUCUCCGUCAGCAUAGACAGCCACGCAACAAGUGCCGAUAAGCAGCAGCAGGAGCAGCAGCUGCAGCAGGAGCAGCAGCUGCAGCAGGAGCAGCUGCAGCAGCAGGAGCAGCAGCAGCUGCAGCAGCAACACACUCUGCGCCCGUGCCUGAGUCCAGGCUCUCCGGUGCUGCUGCGUGCGGCACUUCUGCUGUCAAAUGAAAUCAGGGCAGCAACGGCAGCAGCAGCAGCAGCAGCAGCAGCAGCAGCAGCGGCAACAGAGCCUGCAGCAACAUAUAUUGAGGAGGACGGCGGCCUUGCUGCAGCCCGCUGUGUACUCGCGUUGAUGCAGCAAAACAGCCAGCAGCAGCAGCAGCAGCAGCAGCACUACAGUAGUUAA